UGCGUCUAUAAUAAUCGUGCUCAUUUGUACGGACUCGAGCGAGAAACUGACAAGUGGGCGAAAGAUUAAAUUUUAACUGGAAUUUCUGACAACUGAACGUGUAAACUUAAAUCGAACGUGUAGUUCACUAACUCGUUUUAAAUUUUUAAUGAUUGAUAUAAAAAUUAAUUUGAUAUAAGAUGUCCACACGGUAUAUGAAAAAAGUAUACGGAGGUGAUGCGUUGGCCGAGAAAGAUAGUGAAAGCGAGUCCGAUGUAAAAAAUUCGAUAAUAGGCGACGUUAAAUCUAAGACAUUUAAUGUGUUCGAUAUAUUGAAUCAGAAUUCAGAAAUCGGUGAUAGAGAAAAUGAAGAACAACAAGUUAUCGAAGAGAGUUGUUCGAACGAAGUUAAACAUAAAAAGAAGAAAAAAAAGCAAAAAAAGUUGAAAGGUAUGAAGCUAAAUCAUGUUGUUGAUUCUAAUGAGACAGAAGAUGCGGACGAGAUUGAAAGAUCAGUAAGGGAAGUGAAUAAGUUGCUUGGAGAACCACUUCCGAGUUGUAGUUCGCAAAAUACAAACAGUUUUCAAUGGAUCGAACAAACAUCCAAAGAGGAUACGUUAUUGGUGCAACAUAAACAUUUAAACCCUUAUAACGAACUUAAAAGAAUUUUUGGUAGAAAAACGAUACAAGCAGAACAAAACAAUAGAAAAAAUAGGGGUCGUACAGGUCACUUGAAGAAGACCUGGUUAGUUUCUCCUAGAGAUAACUUUCCACCGAUCUAUAAAUCCGGCCUCUCAAUGUCUUUGGACCAUAAUGCAAAGUCUACCAAUAAUGUUCAAUACUUUGUAUACGAGCAUAGCCCCUCUUACAGACAUGUUCAAUUAAAGUUCUUGGAAGCCGUUGAAAGCUCGAAUCCAGAAAAUAUUAUUAGCAUAAUAGAUGCACAUUCUUAUCAUGUAGAUGCAUUAUUACAAUUAGCAGAACUUUGCGAACUAAAGGAAGAUUUAGCUUUAGCUGCAGAAUUCACAGAACGAGCACUAUAUUGUCUGGAAUGUGCUUUUCACCCACUGUUUAACCUAACGACUGCUACAUGUAGGUUGGAUUAUAGAAAACAACAAAAUCGUGCUUUGUUCAUAACUUUGUUCAAACAUCUUAAUUUUGUUGGCGGGCGUGCAUGUUAUAGAACAAGUUUGGAAUUUUGUAAAUUACUAUUGUCGUUUGAUCCAGAGGGCGAUCCCUUAGCCGUGAUACUCUCUAUCGAUUACUAUGCUUUAAGAGCAAAGGAAUACGAAUGGUUCAUAGAAUUUUGCAAUUUGUGGGAUAGCGCGAGAAAUAUGACACAAUUGCCGAAUAUAGCAUAUAGCUUAGCUCUGGCUCAUUUUUAUACGGGCAAUCAAACUGCUGCCAGUGAAUUUUUACAGAACGCUUUAAUAAUGUAUCCAGGUGUAUUGAUGGCUCUGUUGGAUAAAUGUAGCAUACAAACUGAUGAUAAGGUACGGGCUCACGAUUUCUUUAAUAGCAAGGCAGUUAUUUCGACGUCACCGGCAUUAGAAAAGUUACAAAAUUUAUAUGUGGCGCGUAGUUUCCGUUUAUGGAAAGACCCAGACCUUUUACCAUGGUUAUGCGAAAACGUGUAUGCUGCGUUAAAACGAGUUGAUUCUAAAGACAGUUACGUCAAGUACUGUGAAAUGAAACGAAGUAAACGCUAUCAAGGCAGAUUGCCAAAGAACAUUCUAAGACAUAUUAUAUUGUCCGAUAUAAAAGAUGUUAUUUUGAACGUUCAAGAGAUACAAAACGAUGGAUCUGUACUCUCGCAUGAUCCUCUGCCACCUGUGGAUAGCAUUGAUAUUUACAAAAGACCUGUACCAAAUACAAGAACAACACAAACAAGUUCAAAUGUUUUGUCCGCUUUUAUUUCGUCUUUAUUUUCCGUUAAUGAAGAAGUUCUGGUUGCUGCUAUGGAUAGUCUAAAUUUAUUUUACGAUAACAACGAGCAAACUUAAGGUAAAGUAAAUUUUAUUAUGUAUACUAAUAAAUCGAAUUGAAAUAGAGAAAUUUCCCUUAUAAGGUAAUAAUGAAAAUACUAGUUUUAAAAAUAAUCAUGUCUC